GAUCAUUAUAUAACUUAUUAGUUUUCCAUAUUAACUUUGUUGUACAAUUUCGACACACAAGAAAAAAAAAUGUCAACAUUUUUUGAACGUAUAAAAAAUAAAGUAUUUCGUGCCGGUAAUCAUGGAUCGGCCGGUACUAAACGUAAAAAAUUUUUUCAUAAUAUUAAAUUUGAUGAAAAUCCCGAAGAAACAUGGAAAACUGUUGGUGAAAUUGGUGAUGGUGCAUUUGGUAAAGUUUAUAAGGCUGAAAAUAUUCAUAAUGGCCAAUUAGCUGCAGCAAAAAUUUGUGAAUUAAAAGAAGAAGAUGAAUUAGAAGAUUUUGUUGUUGAAAUUGAUAUACUUUCUGAAUGUCGUCAUCCAAACAUUGUACAAUUAAUUGAAGCUUAUUUUUUUGAAGGCAAACUUUGGAUGUUUAUCGAAUUCUGUGAAGGUGGUGCAAUCGAUUCAAUAAUGAUGGAUUUGGAAAAACCAUUGACUGAAUCACAAAUACGUUUUGUUUGUCGUGAAAUUGUUGAAGGAUUAAAAUAUUUACAUGAAAAAAAGGUGAUACAUCGAGAUUUAAAAGCCGGAAAUGUUCUUUUAACGCUUGAAGGUGAUGUUAAACUGGCUGAUUUUGGUGUAUCGGCCAAAAACAAGAAUACCAUUCAGAAACGUGAUUCUUUUAUCGGUACUCCAUAUUGGAUGGCACCCGAAGUAAUCAUGUGUGAAACUAUUCGCGAUAAUCCUUAUGAUUAUAAAGCUGAUAUCUGGUCUUUAGGUAUUACUUUGAUUGAAUUUGCUCAAACAGAGCCACCAAAUCAUCAAAUGAGUCCGAUGCGUGUUUUAUUAAAAAUUCAAAAAGGUGAUCCACCUAGAUUAGAUAACCCGAAAAAAUGGUCAUCCGAAUUCAACAAUUUUAUAGCCAAAUGUCUUAUUAAAGAUUGCAAUACUAGGCCUAAUGCUUCUGAACUUUUAGAACAUCCAUUUUUGAAACAGGUGAAACCUGUCGAAGAUAAACGUGCCUUAUUAGCAUUGAUUAGUGAAUACAAAGCCGAAGUUGUUGAAUAUGAAACCGAAGUAAACGAAGAUGAUGAUGUCAGUAGCAAGGAUACUAUUUCUCGUCAAGAUUCUUCAAUAGAAAAUUCGCCUUCUACUGAUGAACAGAUUCCAUCAACACCUACUACACCAACCGUAGAGGAAGUAAAGAAAAGCACAAAACGUGUACCUGCUCCAUUACCACCAGUAUUGACUACUUCUUCAGUAGCUUCGACCAACGGUAGUAAUGAUAGUGAUAAUGCAGCAUUAGAAGUUUUACAAGAAUCUAUUGAAGAAGUUGAUGAAGAACAAACGCAAGAAAAUGAAUCGAAAAGCCAAGAUGUGUCAAAUGAGGUCCAAAAUGAUGUUGAAUCACCAGCAUUGAUCACCACAACCGAUUCAAGCACAUUAAAUGAACAGAAGUUGGUUGAUCAAAACGAAAUAGCUUUGUUCACCGAUGACAAUAAUCCUAUUCUUAAUUGUGAUCCUGAAGACAUUUCCAACUGUGACGAUCUAACUCCGUGCCAUACCCCACAAAUGAACGAAUCAGUAUUUGAUGAUGAUAAUUGUCAGGUGACCAUUCUUUCCAAUCACAGUACAAUCAUUAAUACGACCGGUCAACCAACGUCCGAAGAUCAACGUAACAUAUCGAUAGUGACCAUCGAUGAUGGCAAACCUAUUUCCAUUCAAACUUCUGAAGCUCAUUCAAACGACAAACUAGAUCGACCAGCCAACGAUGACUAUGCAGUGAUUGAUAAACCAUCCAAUGGUAAAAUAACUGAUAAACAUACGCAACCUCCAUCACCAUCACAAAAACAACCACCUUCAUCUACCAAAAAUGGUGUUUCUAAACCAGCAGCGAACGCUAAUGUAAAAACGACGAUCAAAGUAAAUUUAAAUCCAAAAGCAGAAAAUGAACGACGUAAUCAAAAUAGUCCGAAACGUGUGCCGGUUGAUAAAAACCAUGUUACCACUCGAAUUGAUCAGGUAACACCUAUUGUUAAUAGCCGAAACAAUGGCAAUCAUGAACGCAAUAACCAUCAUCAUCAUCAUCAUGGUCAUCAUCAUCACAAAACCGUUCAAUCACCACCAAUAGAAUCGAAUAACAAAAGUUUAAAACGAGAACCAUCCAAUUCAAGUAGCAGUAAUUUUGGUAGUGUAGGUAGCAGUGAUAAAGAGAAUAUCCUAAACAAUUUGAAUAAUAACGGUAAAAUGCAACAAGCAAAUGAUCAAUCGUCUGCUGCAGUUUUGUUGCGUAAGAAACAACGAGAUAUGGAAUCACCAUCUCGACGUGAGAAAAAAUCUCAAGUUUCUGAACAUUCAGCACAGAAGAAAACGUUAAAAACAAAGACCCGUAAAUUUGUUGUCGAUGGUGUGGUUGUCACAACAACUACUCAAAAAGUAAUUGAUGGUGAAAACGAUAAGAACAACGAUCAAUAUUUAAGGAAACAAGAGCUAAGAGAGCUAAAAAUGUUACAAAAACAUGAAAUCAAACAACUACAGGAGCUUGAAUGUCGUUCAAUAGCCGCAUAUGAUGCACAAGAGAAAAAGUUUGAUAUGGAAAUGGCCGCAUUAAAAAAAUCAUACGAUAUUGAUCUGGAAUCAUUGAUUCGAGAACAAAAAGCACUAGUCGAAAAAGGUGAAGAACAUCAACAGGCUGAACUAAAAUUAGCUACCCGUCGUAUUAAACAAGAACAAGAACGAGAAUUGAAAAAUUUUCGUGAAUCACUUAAAGCUGAACAAAAAAUGCUCAGACAAGAUGUGGAUAUGAUGCCUAAAGAUAAACGUAAAAAUGAAUUUAGAAUACGUAAAGAUCGGCUGGAUAAAAUUCACGCCGAAAAGGAAAGACAAUUUAUUGAAUCUUUGAAUCGUCAAUUCGAAUAUAACAUCAACAAAUUGAAUCAAAGUCAUCGUGAAAAAUUGGCCAUGAUGGAAAGAGAAUUUUUAAAACAAAAACAAAAACUUCUUAGAGCACGAGAAGCAGCAAUUUGGGAAUUGGAAGAAAAACAUAUUUAUAAUAAAUAUAGUCUUCUUAAGAAACAAUUAAACGAAUCAUUUUUCCUACAACGACAUCAGAUGCUUGAUCGACAUGAAAAGGAAUUUGAACAUUAUAAACGUUGGAAUAGUCUACAGGAAGAGGAAUUACUGAAAAGACAGGCUAUUGAAAAACGAUCAUUACCGAAACGAAUUCGUUCGGAAAUGAAAACUCGUGAAAUGAUGUAUCGUGCAAGUUUACAAAUCAGUAUGGCCAAUUUAAACAAUGCCUACAGUAAUGAAGAUGAACGAGAAAAACUUAAACGAUUUCAAGAAAGUGAAAAACAUCGAUACAAAGAUGAACAAGCUCGUCAAGAGAUUAAACAUCAAAAACAAAUUGAAAAUUUAAAGAAUCGUUGUGCAGCGGUUAUACAUGAAUUGGAACAAAUUCAUAAAGAUAAGAAAAAAGCACUUUGCGAACAUGAAAUUCUUAAAUUAAAUAUGCUUGAAGAAGAACAUGCUGAAGAGCUGAAACAAUGGAAAUCGCAAUUAAUGCCACGAAAAUUGAAACUGGAAGAGGAAUUUAUUCGACAAAUCGAAGAUCAAGAACGUUUCUAUGCAACCACAUCAGCAAAUGCAGCCGUUUUUGAUUGAUUCGCAUGAUGAUUAAUCUUU